UUUCAUCACCUGGAAAAAGAGGUUUCCCAUGCAAAUCAACUAUGAGGGAAAAGACUUGUUCCAGCUGUCAUGUUCCUGAUGGAUAGACCUUAUUUAUUUAUUUGAAUUUAUUUCUAUGUGAAACAAUUCAGAGAACUGCUAUGAUUAGAGCUGGAAGCUGGAGUUUCCUAGCACAUCCCAGAUAAUCUUUAUCAGGUUACUACAGACUUGUUGACCCGGAAUGGAAAAGACAUUGCCUUUGCUACUUAUAGCCCAAUGUGGAAAUUUCAGCGCAAGAUGGUACAUUCUGCACUUUCCCUGUUUGGUGAAGGAUCUCGGAGUCUGGAGAAAACCAUCUCUCAACAAGCAACUUUUCUGUGUGCAACUUUGAGUGCUACAGAGAAUUCAUCUUUGGACAUGGGUCCUGAAUUAACACGUGCUGUUACAAAUGUAGUGUGCUCCCUUUGUUUUAAUUCAUCCUACCAGCCUGGAGAUCCUGAGUUUGAGUCCAUGCUUCAAUAUAGCCAAGGCAUUGUGGACACUGUGGCUAAGCAGAGCAUGGUAGAUAUCUUCUCGUGGCUUCAGUAUUUCCCAAAUAAAGAUUUGGCUUUGCUGAAGAAAUGUGUUGAUAUGAGGGACAAGCUCUUACACCAGAAGUUUGAGAAACAUAAAGAAGCUUUCAGAAGUGAUUCUGUUAAUGAUCUAAUGGAUGCACUUCUGAGGGCCAAAUUGAACAUGGAGAACAACAAUAAACAUCUAUUUUGUGAACAAGAACUAACAGAUGACUACCUACUCAUGACAGUGGCUGAUAUCUUUGGAGCUGGUGUAGAGACUACAACAACUGUAUUGAAAUGGAUUGUGCUCUAUCUCCUAUAUUACCCAGAGGUACAACAGAAGAUCCAAGAGGAAUUGGAUCAGAAAAUUGGUUUUAAUAGACAUCCUGUACUUGCUGACCGACAGCAUUUGAAUUAUCUGGAGGCUACCAUUAGUGAAGUUCUGCGUAUUCGCCCGGUUGCACCACUUCUUAUCCCUCAUGAGGCACUGGCAGAUACAAGCAUUGGGGAAUAUCAUAUCCCCAAGGGAACUGAAGUUGUAAUCAACCUGUGGUCCAUUCACCAUGAUGAGAAAGAGUGGGAAGAGCCAGGGAAAUUUAUCCCAGAUCGUUUUCUGGAUAAGGAUGGAAACCGGAUCUACUCUCCCUCACCCAGUUUCCUCCCCUUUGGGGCUGGUGUCCGUGUUUGCCUGGGAGAAACCCUGGCCAAGAUGGAGCUGUUUCUCUUUAUAGCCUGGAUCUUGCAAAAAUUCUCCCUCACUGUUCCUGAGGGAGAUACACUGCCUGAACCAGAGGGUAAAUUUGGAGUUGUGCUUCAAGUACCAACAUACAGAGUAAAUGCUACUUUGCGAGAACCUUGGAAAGAAAAAGUAAUAGAGCAAUAAUACUUUUUGAGUCUCAAAUAAUCUAACAGAAGACAAAUAAUUGCUUUAGUUGAAUCCGUAAAGUUAAGAUAACUUUAGAUAGGGAGAUACAACAAUAGGACCCACUAGGUUCAAAACAGAAAAGACAUUAGAAUUUGAAACAACUUUUUCCCACUAAACUGGAGGUGUUGCAAGGUAGAAUUGGUAGGAUGGAUUUUUUUGCGGCAGGGGAAUGAUAUAACAUCAGCAACUCUAAGUAUAAAGAAUAUUCCCUAUAUAUUCAGAAGUAAGGACAUCUAGACUGUUAC